AUGCAAUCCUUUCAAGAAAAAUCACGAAGAGAUCAAACAAUUUUUUCGCAAAGCGCUAAAAAAGAUUCAAAUCAAGCACUAAACAAUAAAUUUGAUCAUCCGAAAACAGUGGCUAGAUCAGUCAAUUCACUCAUUUUAUCAAAACCUCUGCUGAUCCAUCCACAUACAGGACCUACUUUCAACUGCAAAAUAUUGCAACCUGGUAAAGAUGGACGACCUUCAUCUCAACACAAUGAUACAUGCGCACAAAACGUUCCUGGCUUCUCAGCUGAUGGUAAAUGUCGUUGCACCUAUGAGAUUGAUGGUCGUGAUGAUAAUGGUUGUGCAAAGGCCUUCAUAUACACUUGUAUACCGAAAUAA